AUGGGUUCGGGUUCUCUACGAAGGUCUCAAGUAAUCAUGGAAAUUGUGAGGCAUCAUCAUCAUGAUGAUCAAAUCCCCAAUGUGGGUGUCUCUGUCUCCCAUUCUGGAAAAGAUACAGGUGACAUCUACAAUUCUCUAUUCGCUGCAGCGAUCUCUUCUCUCAAUCGAAACAAGCUACAAAAUGUGGAGGAAAGGACUGUGCUCACAUCUAAACAACAACUCAGAAACCAAACCCCUAUGAUAACCACUCAGACGCAUACAACUCCAUCUCCUAGACGAAAGAUAUCCUACAAUAGAGCUGGUGUUGAGCCGUCUUCAGUAAGCCGAAUCGGCGUUAAACCGGGAGAAAUGCUGUUUCCGCCGGAGAUCAUUUACGAUCCUGAAGCACGCGAUCUAGUCCUCGUCGAGUUCAUUGAAAAGGAAUGUCUCUCAGAGGCAACUAAUGGCACUUCUCCGUGCUCCUUAAUCGAUUGGACAGCGGUGGAGGAGUGUUCAUUUAUUAACGUUGACUUUGGAUCCCUUAGGUCGUCAUCACUUCUGGUACAGGAGCUACCUGGCUGGCCUCCUGAGCCUGACAUUAAGCAGAUGUUCGAUGCCAAACAGUUACUCUCAUCGAUUGGACUUGCCGUUCAUACAGUAGCUACCAAAAAGCUGUGUGUCACUCAUGCGAAUUCUUUUGACUCGAGUAAGGAAGCGAAAUUACAUUACAUAGCUGCUCGUCUGGUGGAUCAUCACCUCUUAAUUCCGAUGCGUACUUUGAGGGCGCAUCAUCUUGGGAAUCUGGUCUCGCUUCGCGCAGCAGUGGCUAGAAUUGGACCGAUUCGGCCCCUCUGUUGUAGACUCUGUUUUCGAUGCGCACGUUGUGAAAGUGAGCAAGUUUUAGUGACUGAAGAGACUGGCUGUUUUGUUAAUCCAACAAAGUGUCCGGAAAAAGGAUGUCGUUCAAAAGUAUUUUAUCCCUCCUUCUCCUCCCCAUCUACAGUUGUCAUCGAUACACAAAUACUACUUUUACAAGAAUCAGAUGAAGAUGAAAAUUAUAUGGAUUAUCCAUCAACAACCGGCCGGGUCCCACAUAACAUCAUUUGCUUCCUUGAUCGAGACCUUGUUGACACCUGUGUACCCGGUGACUUCGUCCAUGUUUGUGGUGUAGUUAGCCUCCUUUCAGCCACAACCGACACUACUUCUUUUUAUUCUGGUGGAGUUCGCUGUCCAUUCACUUCUGCACAGGAAGUACCCGGUGGUAAGACGAACGUUUUCAAUCUCUGCUUGCGCGCGAAUAAUCUGACGAGAAUCUACAGCCGAGCUGGAGAAGGCAGUGACUGUGCAAAAACAGCACAAUGCCUGACUACGCGUCGUCAGGAUUCCUGCAUUAACGAGGCAAUUACUGCGAAGAAUCUGAGCGGCGUGAACGAUAUCCAAACUGCAGAUAUACACUUUUCACUAAGUGAUCUAUAUGCAAUUCGCGGAAUUGCGGAGGAAUCACAUCUCUUUAAUCUCCUCAUUGCUUCCUUCUGCCCCUCAAUAUGCGGUCGAGAACUUGUGAAGAUGGCCAUCUUGUUGGCUAUUUUCGGUGGUUCGGCGAAUUCUUGGGGUCUCCGGGCACAACUCCCAAAAAAAAACUGUGAAAAGUCUCCCGACUUAUCGAUGUCCUCAAGUGAGGAGGAUGAGGUGACUAACGAUGCCUUAAGCAUGGAACUUCCGUCUGCUCCACCUGGUGCUUCAACGAUCAAUGAGGAUACAUUUGUGCGACGUAGCUCCUCACACGUUCUUUUUGUGGGUGAUCCAGGCAUUGGAAAAAGUCAGUUACUGCGGGCAGCCGCCAGUGUGGCACCUCGGGCUGUCUACGUCUGUGGCAACACUACAUCAGCUGCUGGUCUGACGGUGAGUGCCUGCCGAGACAAUUCAUCCUUCGGAUUGGAAGCGGGAGCUCUCGUACUCGCUGAUCAGGGCAUCUGCUGCAUCGAUGAGUUCGAUAAGAUCUCUUGUGAUCCAGCGGCACUUCUGGAAGUCUUGGAGCAACAGACCGUUUCAGUGGCGCGUGGUGGUUUCGUCUGCAAUCUGGCAGCUCGCACUUCUGUCCUUGCUGCUGCCAACCCCGUCAUUGGGCAUUACGACUUCUCUAAGACAAUCUAUGAAAACGUCCGCAUUUCAAAGUCUCUCAUUUCACGGUUUGAUUUAAUCUUCAUUUUGCCGGAUCGACCAUCAGAAAGCCUCGAUCGACGUUUAUCAGAGCAUGUCCUGGCGCUCCACAUGGGACAGAGUAUGAAUCGAGACGACGUCGAUUCCAUAGGCCUCUCUGUCGCAUUAGAUGAAACCGAAAGUGGUGCAAGUUGCGCUGAUUUGUCCCUUGAGAACCGUUUACGCAUCGGAACUGGCAGGCGACGACUCAUUCCUCCCCACCUCUUUCGGAAGUACAUUACUUAUGCAAGAGCCUACGUUCAUCCCAGGAUGACUCCGGAGGCAGCUCAGUUUAUCCACGGGUUUUAUCUAAACCUCCGAAAGCGCAAGAAGGAGGAAAACGAUCUAUUUCAGGUUACAAUUCGUCAAUUGGAGUCUCUCAUUCGUUUGUCAUCAGCCCGAGCCCGAGCUGAAUUGCGUGAGGAAAUAACACAACAGGACGCUCAAGAUGUGUGUGAUCUCAUGUUGGAGACGGGCUACGGCACAUCACAGCCCUCCGACUUCAACAAUGCCAUUUCAAACAGCUUUACAUCAACCAAGAAGCGUAAAAACGCGUCUGCUACGGGUGUUGCAGCCACUAAGCGUCUUCUUUCCGCUUUGCAUCGUGAGGCCUCUAGACCAGGUGCGAGUCGUAUCUUUACGAUUCAGGAGAUCGCUGGGAUUGCAGCUCAAAUCGGUCUCUCUGGCGAUGAUAGCAUUCUCUACCAGCGUUGCACCCCAGGUGGUACUUUGAGCGUCCUUAUUGACAAUCUAAACAAUAUUGGGGCGCUUCUGAAGCGUGGGGUGGACCAAUACAGCCUCGUCUGA